AUGACCGUCACGCACACCUCCAACGUCGGGCCGCUCACCGUCCUCGUCUCGACUCGAGCCGUUCUCACGCUUCCAGACAACUCUCUUGUCCUCUCUCCGGCGACCAUAUGCAUAUCUCCCGAGCUUGGCAGAAUCGUCUCCAUUCUGCCCGAGAUCCUUCCCGCCUCGGCCUUCCCCCCCAGCGCUACCUAUGUAGACCACUCUCCCAAGCUGUUGCUUCCGGGCCUUGUGGAUGCUCAUGUCCACCUGAAUGAGCCUGGCCGAACAGAGUGGGAGGGAUUCUGGACCGGAACUCGAGCAGCGGCAAGCGGUGGCGUCACCACCGUUAUCGACAUGCCGCUGAAUGCCAUCCCACCAACGACUACUCUUCGGGGUUUCGAAGAGAAGCUCAAGGCCAGCCAUGGCCAGUGCUGGGUAGACGUAGGCUUCUACGGCGGUGUCAUUCCUGGGAACGCAGACCAGCUGAAACCUCUCGUAGAGGCUGGUGUUAGAGGAUUCAAGGGCUUCCUCAUUGAAUCUGGCGUCGAGGAGUUUCCUGCCGUAUCAGCCAAGGAUGUGGCGUUGGCCAUGGAGACGCUCAAGCAUGAACCGACCACUCUGAUGUUCCAUGCUGAGAUGAUCCCCCCCAUUGCCGAUUCUGUUGGUGACGCCGUCCUAACGUCUGAUCCUCCUGCGGCUCCCAAAGGCGAAUUGACUGCCUACAGCACAUUUCUCGAGUCGCGGCCUCCUGCUUUCGAGACCUAUGCUAUCGAGGAAAUCCUUGCACAUGCCCAUAUCGCUCCCUCGCUGCACCUCCAUAUUGUCCACCUGUCGGCGACGCAAGCGAUUCCAAUUCUCAAGGCUGCUCGUCAGAGGGGAGUCAACAUCACUGCUGAGACUUGCUUCCACUAUCUGGGGCUAUCAGCUGAAGAAAUUGAAAAGGGCGACACGAGACACAAGUGCUGCCCUCCCAUCCGUGAGGCCAAUAACCGAGACGGCCUCUGGGAGGAGCUGGUGGCCGACGACUCGUGUAUCCGUACCGUCGUCUCUGACCACUCACCGUGUACACCUCAGCUGAAACUGCUGCCCGACCACCUCGAGAGACCUGCAAUUCCCCAUUCGGAUUCGGGUCUUGAUGUCAACAGUCACAAGGACCUGCCACCAACCAAGACUGUUGCCCGCGGUGAUUUCUUCGCUGCCUGGGGCGGCAUCUCCUCCGUCGGCCUCGGCCUGCCCAUCCUUCAUACCGCUGCCAAGCAGCGCUCCGAGACAUCCAAGGCACCAACCAUCGUCGACAUGGUCCGCCUCUGCUGUCAAGCAACCGCUGAGCAGGUCGGUCUCUCUCACCGCAAAGGCGCCCUUAGGGUUGGAAUGGACGCCGACAUUUGCGUCUUCGACGAUACGCACGUCUGGACUUUUACCCAGGGCGACAUGCGCUGGAAGAACCGCUGUUCACCCUGGCAAGGCCACAAAUUCACCGGUCGGGUCAUGGAGACGUGGCUUCGUGGCCGCAAGGUGUUUGAUCUGGAGGCUCCCGGCGACGGCUUUCUCGCUAGCAGGCCCUUUGGCGAGUCCAUCACCGAGAAGAGAACUUUGUAA